UACCCUUAUAGUUUACUCUAACUACUGCUCUGGACAACAAGCAUCAACAUGCGAGUUAUUAUUUUCUCAGUCUUGCUGCUGGUCCUUUCGUUUUCAACAAAUGAUGUAGUUGGUCAUGGUAUGAUGUUCGACCCGCCGCAGCGAUCGUCCAUGUGGAGAUUUGGUUAUGAAACGCCCGUCAAUACAAUGGACAACUUCCUCAGCUGUGGAUACGUUGGGAUUCAAUACGAUGAUGUUAAUCAAGGGCGCUGUGGUGAAUGUGGCGACAUUUGGAGCGAUCCUCGCCCUCGUCAAAAUGACGAAGGUGGGCUCUACGGUACCGGGACGAUUGGUCGAGUGUACGAACAAGGAAGUGUCAUUGACGUCACGAUUAACUUGAACAUCAGCCACCUUGGGUAUUUUGAAUUCCGCUUGUGUCCCAAGAGCUCGGCUGAAGAAUUGGUCACUCAAGAUUGUUUAGAUCAAAACUUGCUAACACUCAUUGACGGAACGACCAGAUUUACUGUCGAUCAGAAUAUUGUCGAAGUUCUGUUCAUAGUGCAAGUCCAACUACCGGCUGCUAUUUCCUGCGAAAAUUGUGUCCUUCAGUGGUACUACAGAGGAGGUGGGAGAGUUGGAGAUUGCGGAGAUGGUACAACAGAUUACGGGUGCGGUGACCAAGAAACUUACGUCAACUGCGCAGAUAUUGCAAUUCGAUAAAACCUCAAUUCGAGAAUUUUAAUUUCCAUUUAAUUAAAUUCUUGGAUUAAAAUUACGCAAUUGUAGCGUUACCAAAAUUAUUUUGGAAAUUUGCGGUCUAUAUCUCGUGUAAUAUAUUCAUGAAUUAGGGUACACAUGCAUGAUAAAAAUACAUGAAUUUUAAGGGGU